AAUGCCAGAUUCUGAAAGUAAUUUGGAGUCUUCACAUGUGGAUGUUAUAAAUGGUACUUCAGUCCUGAGCGAAACGAAAAUUUUGGAUGAGAAGGGAUCUGUUGGAAAAAGAGCAGUGCCUCAGAUUGGGAAGGAUGGCUAUCCUGACUCCAUCUACAUAAAUGCAGCUAAGAUUUUUCAAGGCCUUCGUACUGAAAAGAGUUCAGGUAAAAUCCUGCUGCGCUAUGGCGAUGCCUCGGGGUCUCCCACGGUGGCUUUUAAAGAUGAGCAGUCCAGGCGUGUGUCCUAUGAACUGGCUUUCAAAACUCUAAAAUAUCAAGAUCUUCUUGAAGAAGUGUUGGUAGAGAGUAAGGUUUACCCAUCCUACUCAAUACCAGAUGAGCUAACCAGCUUGCUUGUUGUGAUGCUUUGUGACCUACAAGACCGAAAAUUUCAAAACCGAAAGAUUUUUGCUGAAGAGGAAAAUGUAGCAGAAGUUCAGGAAGUAGGGAAUUAUUUAUACAGCUAUGAGACCAAGCUGGCAGCUGCACUAGCACGAUGUCGCAUCAAACAUGAUGCUCUUUCAAUUGAAUACUUUGUACCAGAAACCAUAUCGAAGCAGGAACAAAGGACUUCUGCUUUACCUAUCUGUUUUUGGAUAAACACAUUUAAAAUCAGCCUUGAAGAUGUUAUCAAAGAUUUGGAGAUGAAGGGGUUCACAAAGGUUGAAUCUGUGCCAGACUUUGACCAUUACACAUAUGCUGUGGACCAACAUUGCCGAGAUGUAUUGGUUUUUCCUUCCUCUCUUAAAGAAGAACUGCUUAAUUUAGAUCUUUCUGCAGAUUGCAAACUCUUGCUGCAGGACAAGUCUCGCAGCCUCGCCGUGCACUCCGCACGCGCGCUGUUGACUGAGGGUGCUGACAUUAUAAUGGCUCACUUGGGUUCCCACCUGACCAUUGCCCAUAUGUCAGUGCUGACAAAUGACAGCAGCUCCAGCAUUUUUGUUUGUGGUGUGAAAUCUUCGGCAAAAGAAGAAGAACUGAUGAACAGUUUCAGUCACAUGGGAUGUACAAAUAUUUGCUUGUUACAUGAAGACUUUACUGAGCUUCGGCCAACAGACCCAAGACUUGAAAAGGCAACAGUUAUUUUGCUGAUACCACAAUGCUCUGAACUGGGUGCUGGCAAUCCAAUGGAGCUUAUUUUAAGUGAACAUGGAGAUGCAGAUUUGCUACAGGACCUUUUCCAGGGAUUUGUGUCGGAGGAUAAACUCAGGAUUCUUGCUGAGAGGCAGCUUAAUGAGUUGCUUCAUGCACUGAAAUUUAACAAAGUACAAGCUAUUGUUUACUGCACUUGCUCAGUUUACCCAGAAGAAAAUGAACUUGUAGUGAAAAAAGCACUGGAAUCUGGAGUGGAGAGAGAUAAAGCACGACGCUAUAGGCUUAUUCCUUCCAUUUUUUCUACUUGCUCUGAUUCAGAGUCUUCCACUGAAAUGUUUUUCAAAAUAGAGCCAUCACAAAUUUCCAGCAGUUGUUUCCUAGCUGUUCUAGAGAGAGAGAAAAAGGUGUCUGCUAAAGACAUUUUGGCUUCUGCUGCAGCAAAAGCUCUACUAGAUGGCGUUGUUGAAGAAAAACCAAAAGAAGAGGUGAAAAAGCCGAAAGUAAAACAACGUAGGCGGAAGGCUGCUGCCGGUGACAGUAAGCCAAAAGCUGCAAAGCUCCCUCCCCGCCCAACUGCAGCUAAGGUUAAGGCUCCUAAAGCAGCCCAUAAGAUACAAGAAACACAUGUGUGCCCCAUAUGCCCAAAAAGCCCAGCCAGUAAGGUGCAAAAAAACCAUGCAGACUCCCCAAAAGAAAAGACUGUGCAAGAGAGAAAAGCAGCCAGUGACACAGCACAGAAGACUGGGCAAGGGAAAAAAGCAGCCAGUAACACACAGCAAAAGAAUGUGCCCUGAACAGACAGCUGUGUUGAGCUGAAGAAAUCUGUGAACCCUGACUGAUACACAGCACCAGUGAAAGUGCAGAAGCCAACAUCUCAUCUGUCACCUUUGGGCAAGGUGUAUGAGACAGACACCUGAUCAAAAGGCAUGCACAGAACAGAACAGGGAUGUACUGAAGCCCACAACAAUCACUUUGGCUUCACUGAUAACACCAUAUGAAAGGCUGUAAUGAAACAAACUCAGGGUAUCAACUUAACGUGGCUUUCAUGGCCAGACUGGAGCACAGGGUCCAAGUGGUUGGAUAUUUCCACCACCCUGGUCAAAAAUGGUCAAGCCAGCUUGGCUGUAUGAACCUUCAGACUCUGCCCUCCCUUUGUAAAGAAGGUAAAGGUUACUGUAUCCUAAUCAAUAGUCUUAAAUUACAGUAUAAAUUUAUGCAAGGAUAAUCUGGCCUUAGGAAAGAUGUAUUAUGGGCUAUGUUUACAGAAAUAUCCAUGUUUAGAUAGUAACUUCUCAUCCAGUAAUCAUACUUUAGGUGAAUGGAGCUCAGCUGCCUAAGGCUGAUAGAUUGUUGGGGGAAGUGAGGUCAAAAACCUAUAGCCUCUUGCUAUACAGUCUGAAGUGACAAGUUGAAUUGUAUACCCAACCCCUCACUGUAUCUGAACCUGUACAGGUAAUCAGUUUCAAAUUGAUGUUUUUAAAGUGAGACUGAAUUUUUUAAAGUGGCUUUUCUUUACAAGUGCUAGAUACUAUUUUUGUGAGUUUCCACUUAUUACAGAUGCAUGGAAAAUAAGCCUUGUAUUUUUAAAACUGGAUGUGAACUUUUGUCCAGGAAACUGGCCAAGUACAUUGAAGCCCAUGCAUAGGCUUUCUAGUGUGUGUUCUCUUGGUUUCUUCUUAAGUGUGCACUGAAAUACUAACAGUGAAAAAUAGAUCAAAUAUUCUCAUGCUAAGAACACUGAAUCGUCAUCAUAAUGUCACAUCAGACUAUGUCAUGGCUCAUAACUGCUUUUUAUCAAUUUCUUAACAUAAACAGUUCUUAGUUGAAAAGAGCUGCUACUGUCAAGGUAACAUUUUUAUAAAUGUUACUGCUAGUCAGCUGAAUAGUGACUGGACAAAGACUAGCUGCCUGUCUUUGGAAACAGCUGUGGGCUUCUAAGCUGCUCCCUUUUGCUAUCAAAGAUAAAAUAACUGUAAAACAUCUACAACUGUCUUGUAAUCUGAGUAGAGGAUAAAAGGAAGCACAGAGAUACUUUUAACAAUAAACCUGAUUUGUAUCUAGAACUUGUAAAAAUGCAAGAGACAGUACAGCAAUACAGAAAGACAAAGGUAUCUGUGGCCCAGAAAUCUUCCUCUAGGCCACCAUUUCAGAUACUUGGGAAGAGUGUUGCCAGGAGCAUCACCACUGUAGUGUGGGACUUAACCAGUUUGACAUACGGGUCUGGAUUUAGACCCAUCCAGAGAAAAUGUUAUAACAUCUCUAUUUUGUCUUCACCCACACCAGUCAGUGUUACUGGAUCAGCAGUACCUUUUUAAGAAAGGAUGUGAAUGAUAUUACCCCAGCAGUGUAGGCAGCUGGCUCUUGUUCAUCUGAUAAAUAUCACUGCUUCACUGAAUCAGUGAAAUUUCCUACAGCAUUUGAAUGUGAGCCAGCUGUCCUAUACAAAGACAUCCCUCACCCUCUGCAUAUCCCUGUGAGCAAUCCAUGCUCCUUGCCUGCUCCAGUAAUACAAUGAACUCUACUCUUAUUUCUGAAUAAACUUGUUAGGAUAGAUUUAGACCAAUACACAUGCCAUGUGUAGAACCAGAAAAAAAAAAUUACUUUAUUUCAAAAACAUCUAGGAGGAGGAGGGAUUCUACAUGUUGGAUGGAAGGAAUGGACACUGUGGAGAUUUUUUUCCCCCAAUAUGGUUGUUAAAUGCUUAAAAUAAGCUUAAGAGAUUCUGCAGUUAAAUAAUGAUCUUUUUUAAAAAAAUCAAGAUCUGUAUAAUUCAUUAUGAAAGCUGAAAUUACUUGUAAAACAACAUACGUGUGUCUAAUAACAGAAUUUCUGGGCUACUUACAUAAUAUGUGCCAUGAUGUCCCUCACUUGGCCUCGUCUUGCUUUCAGGAAUUUGCAUUUUUGACACAGUAUGGAGGUUAAACCAGUCAGUGUCUUGAUGGCUUACCAAGAAUAUCAGAGAGUGAAUUUUUCAACUGCAGGUCAGCAGCUUACUUUGUAAGCAUGGAACAUCACAUGGUGGCAACACCUGGGACUGACUUCUGAUGGCUUGUAGGUAGAUGCCUGUAACAGUCUUUUUUCAGUAAAACUGCAUCUGUUGUAACUAUCUUUCUGUAAUCCAGUUGUUUAUUUGUAAUUUUCAACUAGAAACUGUUGAUUCAGCUUUCCAGAUACAAAAGUUCUCAGAGUACUGCUACUGCCUCU